UCUAGUACCAGAACUCUUUUAAAUAUUGACAAGUUUCACUAGUCCCCUUCCUCAUUAUACAUACCUGUCAAAAGUUUGAAUAGAUAACUUAAAAAGUGGUAGAAUAUGGGAAGAAAUCAUGGUGAUGAUCGUGAUUAUCUUCCUCUUUUCGAAACAAAGUCAGCCAAGAGCCGUACCCAAUUUAGAUUGUUCGUAGGAACAAUGUUAGUGGGGAUAUGCUCAAUUUUUGUCUACAGAUUAAGGUAUAUGCCAUUGCCAACCAAAGAAGAAGGUGCAGUACUCGUCAUCAGAAUCAAAUUAUGGGCUUGGAUUGGAUUGUUUCUCUCUGAGCUUUGGUUUACUCUUUAUUGGUUUGUCACACUUGUGGUUCGAUGGAAUCCCGUACAUCGUCACACUUUCAAAGACAGGCUAACUAUCAGAUAUGGGGAGAAGGAUUUGCCCGGCGUGGACAUAUUUGUGUGCACUGCGGACCCGAAGGCGGAGCCACCGUUAAUGGUAGUGAACACGGUGUUGUCAGUGAUGGCUUAUGACUACCCUCCAGAGAAGCUUAGUGUGUACCUUUCGGACGAUGGUGCUUCGGACUUGACAUUUUAUGCCCUCUUAGAGGCCUCUAAAUUCUCCAAGGAAUGGCUUCCCUUUUGCAACAAGUUCCGAGUAGAACCCAGGUCGCCUGAGGCUUAUUUCACCAAAGCUCCUCAACCACUCGAUGAUGAUCAUCGUUAUCAUUGGGCCUCCAUCAAGGCACAGAGCAAGUUGAGGGCUAGUAGGCACAGAUCGCCUGAGGCUUAUUUCACCAAAGUUUCUCAACCACACGAUCAUGAUCAUUAUAGUCAGUGGGCCUCCAUCAAGAAAUUAUAUGAAGAGAUGAAGACAAGAAUUGAAAGUGCGUCAAAGGUUGGCAAAAUUUCAGAAGCUAUACGAAGGGAACACAAGGAGUUUCGUGAGUGGGACGUCUUUCUUUCAAGCAAAAUUGAUCAUCAGACCAUUAUUCAAAUUCUUAUCGAUGGAAGAGACCCCAAGGCAGUGGACAUUGAAGAACAUCCUUUGCCAACUUUGGUAUAUUUGGCACGUGAAAAGAGACCAAAGUACCACCAUAACUUCAAAGCAGGAGCCAUGAACUCAUUGAUAAGAGUAUCAGAGCAAAUCAGCAAUGCUUCGAUAAUUCUCAACGUGGACUGUGACAUGUAUUCGAACAAUUCGGAGUCGGUGAGAGAUGCAAUGUGCUUCUUUUUGGAUGAAAAGAAAGGCCAGGAGCUUGCCUUUGUUCAAUUUCCGCAGGCAUUUGAGAACCUCACCGAGAAUGAUAUUUACAGUAGCUCCUUGAGAGUUCUAAUGGAGGUUGAGCUUCGAGGAUUUGACACUAAUGGAGGGCCUUGCUAUAUUGGUACUGGGUGCUUUCACAGAAGGGAAUCUCUCUCUGGUAAGAAAUUCAAUGAGGCGAGUAAAAUAAUACUAGAAUGGAAAAGAAAGAAUAAAGAUGAGGGGAGUAGUGCAGAAGCUCUCGAAAAAGCAAGCAAAGUUCUUGCGAGCUGUACCUACGAAGAAAACACACUGUGGGGAAAAGAGAUGGGUCUGAUGUAUGGGUGUUUAGUGGAGGACAUGUUAACAGGACUAGUGAUACAGUGUAGAGGAUGGAGAUCAGUGUAUUAUAUUCCAGAAAGAAAGGGCUUUCUAGGAGCUGCUCCUACAACACUGCUCCAAACACUUGUGCAGCACAAGAGAUGGUCUGAAGGAUUUCUUCAAAUCUUUCUCUCAAAGUAUUGUCCUUUGACGUACGGCUACAAAAAGAUUCCCCUAAGACUACGACUUUCAUACUUAAUCUACUUGCCAUGGUCCCUAAACUGCUUCGCUUCACUCUACUAUGUCAUUGUGCCAACACUUUGUCUGCUCAAAGGAAUCUCAUUAUUUCCUCAGAUGUCCAACAUAUGGGUUGCACCAUUUCUCUAUGUCUUCUUCGGCAACCGGGUGUACAGCCUUCGAGAACUUUUGAUGUGUGGAGGGACAUACCGGGAAUGGUUGAAUAAUCAAAGAAUGUGGCUGUUUAACAGAACAACUUCCUAUUUCUUCACCGUCUUGGACCACAUGCUAAGGCUAUUAUUGGGAUACACUGAUGCAGCCUUCAUCAUAACUGCAAAGGUGGUUGAUGACGAUGUUUCUGCGAGAUACAAGCAAGAGCUAAUAGAGUUUGGUAUUACUUCACCAAUGUUUACCAUCUUGACGACACUUGCAAUGCUCAAUGCCACGGGUUUCAUCUGGGGAUUGAAGAGGUUGGUCUUCACUGAGCAAAGUCUGAGCCUUAACCCAUUUGCACUGCAGGCUAUUCUUUGUGGUCUGUUGGUUUUCAUCAACCUGCCAAUUUACCAAGCUAUCUUUUUAAGAAAGGAUAAGGGUAGACUGCCCAACUCCGUGAUUUACCAGUCAGUUAUGCUCACUCUAGUGGCAUUCUCGAUCGUUCUUUAUUAGAAUCUUUGGCAAAGAUAACUUAAAAUUUUAAUUUAAGAGGAGUACUUGGUCAAGCCAGCUUGAAGUACUCUGCUCUUUGUAUUGAAAUUGAAUAAGCUGAACCUUUGUGUGACAUCUUCUUUGGACUAAUCUCAUUAUAUGCACCAGAAUAAAUAAGUAAAAUAAAAUUUUCAUCAA